AUGACAGGGACAAUAAAUAAUGGCAAGCCGUUUCCUCCUAUGGAGAUUCGGGAGUUGCUGAAUCCGGGGUCGUGUUAUUCUCCGGAGGCCAUUCGCGCGUUUUUGAGGUAUUCCCGUAGACAAUCGGACGACAGUCUUCCUACUCAUCUGCCGAGAACUGGAUCAUGCGCUGAACACAUCUCAACUGUUCUGUUCCCAGCUUGGUUGGCUCGUGAUACUUUGCUAGAUUAUUGUGGAAGAGUCUCGGAUCAGGGUCGGAAGGCUGUGAGAAAUAGUGGUUUGAGCAAUAGCAAUAGCAAUGGCGAUUUGGACUCGAGAAGCGCAACUGCUGUGUUGCCACCAGGACUUUCCGAGUCGCUACGAGUACCACCUGACCCUCGAAUUGAUGCUUAUCGAGCAAGAGACUUUGGGAAAUCACCUGAAUCUGCAGAGGAUGCAAUUCGUGAGUGGGUCGACCAAGAACUUUCUAUCGAGUCUAUCGUUCGUGAAAACUCAUGUCAUUUACUUGCCGACAAGUGUGGAUCCUUUUCUACCAAACCUGGAUCUUACAUUAAAGCAUAUAACGAAUCUGUUUAUGAGCCUUCUCGUGAGGAUUAG